AUGAGGAGGAGCAAUAGAUAUUCCUUGAACCUGCUUUGGUUGUUGCCACCGUUCUUGGCGUGGACCGUGGUGGCCCUUGACUUUGGACCUUCACCGUGCACCACCUUGGUAAAGGGCAAGUUUUUUGGAUACUUCUCCUCUUUGGCUGUCUUCCCGUUGAACGCUUCCCAUUGCAAUUGGAUUAUCCAAAACCCCGAUCCUCGGAGAUACACCUUGUACAUGAAGGUUUUGAAGCCCCUGGGAUUUUGCGACCGCCAGCAGAUACGCACCUACCAAUUCGACUCCUUCUUGGAGUCGACGCGGACGUACCUGGGCAUGGAGAGCUUCGAUGACGUGCUGAACCUUUGCGACAGCUCUACCCGCUACGCUUUCCUCCAGUCCAACAAGCAGUUCCUCCAGAUAAAACAGACUCUUUCCAAAGGGGACAGCAGGUGGGUCAGGUGGAAGCCCGCCAAGGUUCAGGAAAGAGAUUUCUCGGUAGAAUAUCUCGUGGUGGGCAACAGGAGUCCCAGCAAGGCUGCUUGCCAGAUGUUGUGCAAAUGGCUGGAUACUUGCUUGGCCACCAGCAGCAGCUCACAUCCUUGUGGCAUCAUGCAGACGCCAUGUUCUUGUUUCAGCGGUGAGGUAUUGGACCAACCCAGCGAGAUCCUUGGCUUAACCAAAAAUCAGGACAACUGUUUCAAGGAUGGGAUUUACUUGGAGAAUUGCUUGGGUUCUACCAAGGACACCAGCGGGCUGGAUUUCUUGGGUGGAUGGAAUCCUUGGUCAACGUGGGGCGAAUGCACCAAGGACUGUGGAGGUGGCCUUCAGACUCGGACCCGAAGUUGUCAACCUCUUCCCGAGGAAGGUCUUGUUUGUGAAGGAGUCUUGGAAGAAGGAAGAUUGUGCAAUAGGAAAGCUUGCAACCCCAACAUACACUAUAACUCCCGGAGUCAGUCUCUACGGUCUACAGAUAACCGGAAAAAAGAUGACAUUGAAGACUUCCAGCAAUAUGGACAUCCUGCACCUCAGAUAGGUGAUCCAGCGGCGGAAGAGUGGUCGCCCUGGAGCGUCUGUUCGACCACCUGUGGGGAGGGCUGGCAAAGUAGGACGCGGUUCUGUGUGUCGUAUUCGUACAGCACCCAAUGCAGUGGGCCCCUCCGGGAACAACGGCAAUGCAACAAUUCUGCUGUCUGUCCAGUCCACGGCACUUGGGACGAAUGGUCGCCAUGGAGUCUCUGCUCGUCGACGUGUGGACGGGGAUACAGAGAUCGAACCCGGAUAUGCAAACCCCCCCAGUUUGGAGGAAGCCCCUGUGAAGGUCCCGAGAAGCAAACCAAGUUCUGCAAUAUUGCCCUUUGCCCAGGAAGGUCAGUGGACGGCAACUGGAAUGCCUGGUCCGGCUGGAGCUCCUGUUCUACCUCCUGCUCCAAUGGCACCCAGCAGCGGACACGGGAAUGCAACGGACCUUCGUACGGAGGGGCGGAGUGCCAGGGGCCCUGGGUCGAGUCCCGAGACUGUUUCCUUCGGCAGUGUCCAGUGGAUGGAAAAUGGCAGGUCUGGGGUCCUUGGGGAAGCUGUACUGCCACCUGUGGAGGAGGAACCCAGAAACGUGACCGUGUCUGCUAUGGUCCUUUCUUCGGAGGAGAGCCAUGUCAAGGUCCCAAGGAAGAAUUCAAGCAAUGCAAUGAACGGAGGUGUCCAGAGCCUCAAGAAAUCUGCGAUGAGGACAACUUGGCCUCUGUGGUGUGGAAAGAAACUCCAGCUGGUGAUGCAGCGGCUGUCCGAUGUCCUCGUAACGCGACGGGGCUGAUCCUACGGCGGUGCCUUCUGGAUGAAGAUGGCAUCGCCUAUUGGACGCUUCCAACCUACGUAAAGUGUGUCUCCAUAGACUACAGGAAUAUCCAGAUGAUGACCAGAGAGCACCUCUCAAAAGCCCAGAGGGGUCUAACUGGAGAAGGGGUCUCGGAAGUCUUACAAAACCUGGUGGAGAUCUCUCAGGAUGGAACCAGCUACAGUGGGGAUCUGUUGUCAACUUUUGACAUACUCAGGAACAUGACUGAGAUUUUCCGCAGGGCAUAUUACAAUCCAACGAUGAGUGAUGUACAGAACUUCGUCCAGGUGAUUAGCAACAUCUUGACCGAAGACAACCGAGACAAAUGGGAAGAGGCUCAGCUGAUGGGGAACAACAUCAAAGAACUUUUCCGACUUCUGGAAGACUUCAUUGACGUGGUCGGCUUUCGCAUGAAAGAUUUUCAGGAUUCUUAUCAAGUGACUGACAACUUGGUUGUCAGUAUCCAGAAGCUGCCUGUUAAGGCAGCUAAAGCUCUCACUUUUCCUGUCAAAGGCUGGCGAGGAAUGGUGGAUUGGGCUCGCAAUGCAGAAGACAAGGUCACCAUUUCGAAAAGCAUCUUCUCCACAGGAAUAUCAGAGACUGAUGACUCCACCAUCUUUGUGGUGGGCACGGUGAUUUAUCGCAACCUAGCUGGGAUCCUGGGCCUUCAGAGGAAUACCACAGUACUCAAUUCACGCAUCAUCUCCGUGACUGUCAAGCCAGAACCUCAAUCCCUGGUUGCCAUGAUGGAAAUUGAAUUCUCCCAUUUGUAUAAUGGAACCACCAAUCAAACCUGCAUUGUCUGGGAUGAAGCUGAUAGCCCCCAGUCUUCAGCAAGCAAGCAACUUGGCGCCUGGUCCUGGAAAGGCUGCCGAACGGUCCUCAUCGAUCCUUUCCGAACCAAAUGCUCCUGUGACCGGAUCUCUACCUUCGCCAUCUUAGCCCAGAUCGCUGCUGACAUGAAUACAGAAAAAGUCCUCGUCCCUUCAGUCACGUUGAUCGUUGGCUGUGGGGUGUCCUCGUUGACCCUCCUUCUCCUGAUCAUCAUUUAUAUCUCAGUCUGGAGGUAUAUCCGCUCCGAACGAUCGGUCAUCUUGAUCAAUUUCUGCCUCUCCAUCGUAUCUUCCAAUGCUCUCAUCCUCAUUGGACAAACUCAAACCCAGAACAAGGUGAUCUGUACCUUGGUGGCAGCUUUUCUCCAUUUUUUCUUCCUCUCCUCCUUCUGCUGGGUGCUGACCGAAGCUUGGCAAUCGUACAUGGCCGUGACGGGAAGACUACGGAACCGGAUCAUCCGUAAACGUUUCCUGUGUCUCGGAUGGGGUCUCCCUGCCUUGGUGGUUGCAAUCUCUGUGGGAUUUACUAAAGCCAAGGGCUACGGCACCAGGAACUACCAGAUCCAUAGCAGGGGUGAAGUGAAAGUCCAUCAAAAAGUGAAGACCCAUCCAGAGGGCAGGGCAUCCCUCUGGAGCUCCUGCGUAGUCCUACCUCUGCUGGCCCUCACCUGGAUGUCGGCUGUGCUGGCCAUCACCGACCGCCGUUCGGCCCUCUUCCAGAUCCUGUUUGCAGUGUUUGAUUCCUUGGAGGGCUUCGUCAUUGUAAUGGUCCACUGCAUUCUUAGAAGAGAGGUGCAAGAUGCUAUUAAAUGCCGAGUCGUGGACCGUCAAGAAGAAGCCAAUGGAGAUUCUGGAGGAUCAUUCCAGAAUGGACAUGCCCAGCUUAUGACUGAUUUCGAGAAAGACGUGGACAUGGCUUGUAGAUCAGUGCUCAACAAGGACAUCAGUACGUGUCGUACCAUGACCAUCACCGGGACUCUGAAGCGCCCUUCCCUGCAGGAUGAGGAGAAGCUGAAGCUCAACCACCAGAAAGGGUCCUCCAACUUCAACAGUCUUCCAGCCAACGUCUCCAAGAUGCAUCUCCAGAGCUCCCCACACUACCUGGGCACCAUCAACCUCAAUGACUUCAGCAACCACACCUUGACUUUGAAGAAGGACAAAAGCCAACCUCCCAAAUCCAUCUACAUCUGUGAUGGAGAUAUCUUCAAAAAGCUGGAUUCGGAGCUCUCGCGGGCACAGGAUCAAACCAGGGACACUGGCUAUGUCAUUCUGCCCACCAACACCUCCACCUUGAGGCCCAAGCCGCCACCACCGCCACCACCACCGCCGCCACCGCCGCCGCCACCCAAGGAUGACACCAAGUACAGCAUCAACAUUGACCAGAUGCCCCAGACAAGACUCAUCCACCUCAGCAUGGCGACAGAUCCGGGCUUUGUGGUCAAGAGCCCCCCAAGAGAACCCCCAGGGAUCAGUUGUGCAGAAGGGCAAGCUUCUUCAAUGAUGCAGCAGCAACCCUUGUCUCCUCCCUUGGUCAAUAAAUCCAUGGACCCACAGAUGCCCAACAGCUUGUGUGACAUGGUCAAAACCAGUAAUACUGGAAUUGUGACCAAGAAUGAGACAGUCGCCACCCUCUCCAUGAGCUCCCUAGAAAGGCGGAAAUCCCGAUACGCAGAACUAGAUUUUGAGAAAAUCAUGCACACAAGAAAACGUCACCAAGACAUGUUCCAGGACCUGAACCGGAAGCUGCAACAUGCAGAGAAGGAGAAAGAAUCUCCACCAAUGGAGACUAAGGCCUUGAAAAGAUGGAGCGUUUCCUCAAGUGGCAGUGAUAAAACUAACGCCAGCCAAGAGAAGCAGCAAACACCAAACAAAAGACCUUGGGAAGGACUCCGGAAAGUCCACUCACCCCCAACAUGGGUCAAAAAGGAGAUGGAGACUGAGAUUCAAUCUCCCUUAGAACUCAAAACUGUGGAAUGGGAGAAGACAGGCGCAACAAUUCCCCUGGUGGGACAGGACAUUAUUGAUCUCCAGACAGAGGUCUGA